AAAUGGAUCUUUGUAAAGAAAACCUCAACUGGGGUCACAAAGGGUAGGAUAAGAUAGAAAAAAUGAUGGAACAACUACCAAAACAACAAUCUGUCUACCUACCUAUUUAUGAAGCAGUUUCUCAGACUUAGUUUAGGCAACCCGCUUCUUCCCAGUGGUUCCCACUGGACACUGUUUAAAACAAGAAAUUCAGAUAGUACCUCAUUUUCCCCCUUACCCCUCCAGUGAUUUUUGGGAGCGAUGAAUAACUGCUUCUGAUGAGUCUCUAUUGGCAUAUAAAUAAGUAAUGGGUACCAUAUAUAGACUAUGGUUGUCUUUGACUGACACAAAUUAUGAUCUCAUAGAUCAGUUUCUCAGUUUUUCAGCUCAAAUUGUAUUUCUGAUGCAUAAAAUAUCAAUAUUCUCUUCUGAAAAACAUACCUCCCUUCUCUUUAGCCUUAACAUUAAAACUUGAGGAGUUCUAAGGUAUACAGAGAAGCCAGGAUUGGGAAGAGCAGAAUGGAAGGAAAGAUAAUUAUUUUUAAAAGUUGUGGCAUCAAUAUCCUGAGGGAACCCGUGUGCUUAGGAGGAUGUGAACAUAUCUUCUGCAGUACGUGUGUGAGUGACUGCAUCGGUGCAGAAUGUCCAGUGUGUCAUACACCUGCUUGGAUUCAGGAUGUGAAGAUUAACCGACAGUUAGACAACAUGAUCCAGCUGUGCAGUAAGCUUCGGAAUCUCUUACACAACAGCUCAGGUACAGAUCUGGAAGAAAGUACAUCAGGGACUAGAACCUCACCAGAUGAAGGUGAAAAUGAUAAGAAAUUCAUAAAAAUGUGGUUCAGCCCUCGUAGUAAGAAAGUCAGAUAUGUCCUAAAUAAAACUUCAGUUCAGACUCAGCCACAGCCAGUUGAGGAUGAGCAGGUUUAUCAAGCCUUUGAAUUUACUUCCUCAUCUCUUGAGCAAGAUUCUCCCCAGAAGCCUAAAAAAGUUUCCAGAAAAUCCAGAAAAAAGCAGAAAAAGAGGAGUUUAGCUGAAAUUAAUCAAGAAUGGAAUUUGGAGGAUGAAAAUCAAAAAGAAGUUCAAGAAUUUGAUCAAAGUAUCAGUGAGAAACUCAAAGAAAAGUCCGUCUCAUUCUGUUUCCAGCCCUCUGUUCUUGAGACCCCAGACCUAAAUGGUGGUGGUAUAGAUUUACUGAGUUAUGUCUCCAUGACAGAGGCCAGUCCUGCUGAAAAGGCAGAUGAGGUCUGUCCAUCAUCUACCCCGCAGGUAGAUUCUGUAGAAACCGAGAGAGAGAGCGAGAUAGCAUCAUCUUUCGGGGAUUCUCUCGGUGAGAAUAGUUUUGUACCAGAGACGCUGCUAUCAUUGAACAAUGGUAGAACAACUGAGAGGCAACCUUCUGACUCCUUUAUGGUCCCUCUUUCUAAAAGACCUAGAAGAAGAAGCCAGCAGAGAGCCAGAAGAACAUCAGUCAAUCAAGAUAUCCUCACAGAGUUGUUGUUGCCAUCUAAAGAAAAUGCUGCAUCUCCCAAAUCCAAAUGUGUGGUCGAUGAUCCAUCAUUAAAAGCAAGGAACAGUGAUGUAUUAAAUGACUCUAUUAGCUUUUCCCCCUCAAAAUCUUCUAGUACUCCAUCAUCAUCCAUAAUGAAUAGCCCUUCUCAAUCGUGGAUCGUAGCUAGUCCUUCUGCCAUGAAGCUGUCUCCCACCAGCCCUUCUACUGGGAAGCUAUCUCCCACUAGCCCUGUCAUCAUCAAGAGAAAUCAUAGAGGAGAGACUCCACUCCACAUUGCUUCUAUUAAGGGUGAUGUACCAUCUGUUGAAUACCUCCUCCAAAAUGGAAGUGACCCAAAUGUUAAAGACCAUGCUGGAUGGACUCCAUUGCAUGAAGCUUGUAAUCAUGGACAUCAGAAGGUUGUGGAGCUGCUGUUACAGCACAAGGCUUUGGUCAACACCACUGGCUACCAGAAUGACUCGCCCCUCCAUGAUGCAGUUAGGAAUGGACACGUGAGCAUUGCCAAGCUGUUACUCUUCCAUGGAGCCUCCCGCAAUGCUGUAAACAUAUUUGGUCUCCGGCCUGUGGAUUAUGCAGAGACUGAAGCUAUGAGAUCCGUAUUAUCUCUGCCUGAGGAGAGUAAAAUAUAUAAAAGUAGACAUUGUUCAGGACCUGUGAAUACUAGUCAGCGAAGAGAUGACCCCGUCAUACUCCUCAGCAGUGGCCUUAAUUCAGAUCAGCAAAAGUUACUAAGUGAGCUGGUAGCAGUUCUUAAGGCUAAAAAGUAUACUGAGUUUAACAGCACAGUCACUCAUAUCAUUGUUCCUGGUGAUACAGUCCAAAGAACCAUGAAAUGUAUUCUUGGUAUCAUCAGUGGAUGCUGGAUCCUAAAAUUUGAUUGGGUAAAAGCCUGUCUAGAAAGCAGAAUGUGUGAACCAGAGGAAAAGUAUGAAAUGCCUGGUGGUCCGCAGAGAAGCAGGCUCAACAGAGAACAGCUGCUGCCAAAGUUAUUUGAUGGCUGUUAUUUCUAUUUUGAGGGAACUUUCAAGCAUCAUUCCAAGGAUGAGCUUAUUAAACUGGCCAAAGCUUCUGGAGGGCAGAUCCUCAAUAGAAAGCCAAAACCAGACAGUGACGUGACUCAGACAAUCAACACGGUGUCGUACCACGCCAGGCCCGACUCUGAUCAGCGAUUUUGCACACAGUACAUCAUCUAUGAUGCUUUCUCUAAUUAUUGCCCACAGAAGAUUCGUCAGGGCAAAGUCUGGAUGGCUCCCUCCAGCUGGUUUAUAGACUGUUUGGUGUCAUUUCAGGUGCUCCCUGUUGCCAAGUGAAAGCUACCCCCUUCCCCAGAUGAGCCAUUGGGACAGAAACAUGGCGACCGUGCUUACCUUUGUUGACCAGUCAUAUUAUUACAAAAGUUGGCACCAUUCAAGAUUUUUCUUAGUUGAACUUUAAAACUAUUUUGUUUUUACUUAUAGGUGAACAUUAGAAUUCAGUCCAUGUUUCCCAUUUAGAUACUGUGACUGCUUUGAAAGGCUGUUUCUUUAAGAGACCUUUGGUUUGAUAUUCAUUAUGUCUUUCUACUAAAAUCAUCAGCUUUUGGAGAUCAAUGAGAGUAUAUCUGAACCAUUGGUGAGAUAUGCAAGUUGUAUCAUUACUGUCAAGCCACUUGAUAGGCUUUGAUGAAAAGCCCACACCUGCCAUAAUGAGUACUUACUAUUAUAGAGGAAGCAGGGAUUUUUGUGAAAAGAGUUAUUCUGGAAAUGCUUGAAUAAAAAUGCAAAGAAAGUACAUAUUUGAUCCAACUAAUCACAGAUUUUAAAUGCUUGACUAUUUCUUCUCUUGUGUCUGUAUUGAACUUCUGUGUGUUCCUGCCUUUAAAUUUAUUAUUAUUUACUUGGUUGUCUUUCUUCAGGAUUUUGCAAUUGGAAAAAAAUCAUGAUGCUAAAAAGCAGUUAUUCGUGUGCUUGUGUGUUGAGAAAAUCAACAUUGAGAGAUGCCCUUUUAUGUAAUGAUUCAUUAUUAUUACAUUAUGAAAUUAUUUUGUAUAUCUGAAAUACAUGUCUUAAUAGCAGUUGGUGAAUCUCAUUUCAAUAACAAUGUUAAUUUUUUGUCAGGUCUUAAAUAGUGGUCAUGUCAUUUCAAGAUGAUUUUAUGUAAUAAACGGAAUUGGGAUUCCAUCUUUUCCUA